UUGGCACUUGUAACAUCGUACACAACAAAAAAACAGGAUUUUCUUCAGUGGUUGGGGAUGAUUGGAAUAUAAUGGGAAUGUUGGCACUCUGUGUGUUUGCAGCCGUGUUUAACUACAUCUCUACCUCUACAGAAGUCUGCACCAAUGCCCUGCUACCUGGAGCGAAAGGAGACCAAGGUGCGAUUGGAGAGGUGGGAGAGGAGGGGAAACUGGGAAAGAAUGGACCACCAGGACUUUCAGGAGUGUUAGGGGAGAUGGGGCUUGUGGGAGAGGUGGGCCCCACUGGAAAGAUGGGGCCUAUUGGGGAAAGAGGUAUCAAAGGUGACCCAGGUUAUAUUGGGCUCGCUGGUUUUAAAGGGAAACCAGGCACAACCUGUGACUGUGGCAGGUACAGGAAAGUGGUCGGGCAGCUGGAUGUCAAUGUAGGCACGCUGAGGAAUGCUGUCAAGUUUUUGAAGAAUGUCAUUUUGGGUCUGAAGGAAACAGAAGAGAGGUACUACCUGCUGGUGAAAGAGUCCAAGAGGUUCGGAGAGGCUUCAAUGAACUGCAAGCUGAGAGGAGGAACCCUGGCCAUGCCAAAAACCAGCGACACCAACCAGCUCAUGGCGGAAUACGUCAGUCAGGCUGGACUGAUGAGAGUUUAUAUAGGAGUGCAGGCUCAAAGCAAUGACACAGAUGGAACAAGCGGUCAUGUUUUUGCAGACUCCAGCCCUCUGCAGGGUUUCACAGCUUGGAGCCAAAAGGAGGAGCUAAAUUCCCCAGUAUCUCCCCACAAAAACUCAAGCUGUGUGGAGCUGCUCAGCUCUGGAACAUGGAGUCAUGUGGAGUGUGAAGCCGCCAUGUUUUUCAUCUGUGAGUUCCCAAAGAGCAGGAGAAGAGGAGCAGGAGGAGGAGGAGGAGGAAGAGGAAGAGGGACACCUGCCCCAGUACCAUCCUGAGACAUUUAAACUUGCAUGCAUAAGAGAUAUAGGUAUACAUAUAUCCAUUGUUGUCGAGAAUUAGUAUA